CAAAACACUCAUUUACCAUAAAACGGUAUUAUCAACGAAUGGUCAAGAAUUAGUUUAGAAUUAUAGUAAGCUUGGGAAACCCGGACUAUAACGCUUAAACAAACUUAAGCUUAUCUUCGACUUCUAACCCUAAUCUAAUUGUUGACCUCAAGCCAUACAUUAAAAUGAGAUAAAUCAGAUUGACAGAAUGCCGUUGAGGCGAAACACACUGAUUUCAAUACUAGGCACUUGUUUGCUCAAGAUCGUUUGGUGGCUGCUACAACCUAUCUUUACCUAUAGCAUUAGAUAAUGCAUUUUGAUAUGGCUUGCAAGUAGCUCAUGUAGUAAUUGUCAUUUAAUUACAUUCAGUCACCAUCGCUGUUUACGAUUUCGCCUUCCAUAUGAGCGUUUUCAAACUACCUGGUUAAAUUAUUGUUGUCUUAGUCUUAAAGUUUGCUUACUUAUGACCAUUAGGAUUAUUUUAGACUUAUUCUACUUAUCCACUAAAUAUAAAGGUUUGAGAGCUCCCAAACUUCCAGAAUUUCUCCGCAGCAAAGUCUUGAUAUGUUCCCUUUAUUUUACUGCUUUCUGAUGUUUGAUUUCGUGUGAGUAUAUUAUUGUAACAAGCGAUUUAACAGAAAGUUUACUGUACCUGGUUUUCGUUUUUAAAUUAAACCGUUUGGGAGUAUACUCUAUGAUAUUCCAAAAACUAAUUUCAUUUUUUGUCGGAUAAUGUGCCAGUGGAAAUCUCUUCUGGAGAUGUCAGUUUCUCCAUUUGACGUUAAUUGUGUUAGCAGAAAGGGCGACAAUAAUGUAUUCUGUGUUAAACUGGGUAAACAAGUGUUAAUACUAUUUCAGUGCUUUAGAAUAUUUGGUCAUUACCGUUAGUCUUCGCGCUUAACUGUAUGGCUUUAGCUAAAGUUUUCUGUCUGCAUUUGUUCAUCACUAACUUAUUCGUUUUAAUUGUGGGUCUCUACUUUGUUGCUACUAACUGUCCUGCGAAAUAGAUUUCACAUUGUCAUUUUAAAAGAAGUUAGAUGGAACCGACAUGUGUAAAGACGUCAGAACAUCGUUUGGAUGAUUGGUUAAUUAUUUUGAAGGAACAUCAUAUUUUAAAAUCUCUUGGACCAGAGAGAAAGGCGUUUGAAGAGAGUGUGGACCUUCCUGCCAUCCCUGAGAUGAUAUUUGACCAAAAUUCACUCUCAAUUUAUUUCUGUCAGUCGAAAGAUAUAGAAACUAAAGUAUGUAAAAUUGAUUUUAAUGCACUCGAUGCUCUUAAAUUGGUGGAUCCAAAGAACAUAACAGUCGAGGUACCUUUCGCAAAGGAUUGGCGAGAAUCCCGAUCUACUAACAACGAAGAGCUAGUAGCACAUAAACCAUAUGACUGGACAUUUACCACUCCUUAUACAGGAACAUUGUCUGGACCUUGGAGUGUGUCUCGUACAACUGAAGGUUUAGAUAUGGAGUACUUACGUCGGAAAGAUCCUAUUAAAUUUUUUGUCAAUACAACAUUGUAUGAAGAUGAAUUAGGUGAUAAUGGGAUGUCUAUGUUAAAUGUAAAAUUUCGUGCAAUGUCCACCGGUUUCUUCUUGUUACAGCGUUUCUUUUUACGUGUUGAUGGUGGACUCUUACGAGUGUAUGACACACGAAUACAAUGGCGUCAAAGUGAUAGCUACUUACUUCGGGAUGUACGUCGGGUGGAAAGUUCAUCGUGGAAAUCAGAAAUGAAUGGAGUUAGUUUAGAAAUGGCAGAUCAAUUAUGUGACACAGUAAUUGAACACUAUACAGAAAAACUUGUACCAUUAAGUGUAAAUACAUCUUAGAAAAAAAAUACUUAUACUUAUUUUGUAUGACUAUUGUGAUUGAAAAGAAAUAAUAAAUUUAUGUAAAUA